AAAAAUAUUCUCGCCAGUGAAAUGAAAUUCAAACGAAUUGAAAUUUUAUAUUUAAAAUUUUAAGAACUAUUUUUAUUUUCAAGUAUAUUUUAAUUAUUAAUUAAUAAGUUAAUAAAUGGCUGUUAAAAAAUAGACCAGUUUCCUUAAGAGAAAAAUCACUGUCGGCUUACAAAAUUUGCCAAGUGCUUAGGAUUCUAAACAACAUUUUUUUUUUGGAAAAAUGACUCAACUGGAGAAUUUUGACAAUUUUAACAGUAAUGGUGAAAAAGUAUAUCCAAUGGAGGCGAAUGGUCAUGUUGAGGAACCAACAACUGUUAAUAAAUUCAAACGAGCAUUGCCUCAAUUUCUCGCCGUUGGUGCAAAAAAUAUGCUACUUCUCACUUUUGGUACCACAUUAGGAUUUGCGACAAUUUUAAUUCCGGCACUGAAAGAAGGAAUUGAAUUGAAAGCCACCACAGAAGAACGAAAUUUGAUAGGUAGUCUCAAUUUAUUUUUGGUACCAGUCGGUUGCUUCUGCAGCGGUCCAAUAUCACAGACUUUCGGAAGAAAACGAACGAUGAUGAUGAUGACUGUGCCAUUCAUUACAUCAUGGAUAAUAUUUUACUAUUCUUACAAUAUGACAAUGAUAUAUGUCGCAUUGGUAAUCAGUGGUUUGACCGGUGGUCUUUCAGAAGCACCAGUACUGACAUAUGUUGCAGAAAUAACCGAACCAACCUACAGAGGCAUGCUCUCGGCAACAUCCACAAUGACAGUGAUUCUAGGCAUAUUCCUUCAAAUGUUAACUGGAAGUCUAGUCAGUUGGAAGACGACAGCUCUAAUUAACAUUCUCUAUCCAGUGAUGUGCUUCUGUGCACUUUUCUUCGUACCAGAAAGUCCCUACUGGUUAGCAAGUAAAGGACGAAUAGCAGAAGCGGAAAGAUCCCUCUGCUGGUUAAGAGGCUGGACAAGCCCAACUGAAGUAAAUACGGAAUUUCACCAAAUCACCGACAUGGUAAAAUCAGUGAAGAUAAAUGCAAAAGAAAAUUCAAUAUUAAAGAACCUACACCACUACAACAAGAAAAAUUUCUACAAACCAUUUAUUCUUGUCGCUAUAACAUUUUUCGUUUCAACAUUCAAUGGCUCACUUGUACUGCAAACGAAUGCUGUGGAAAUUUUCGAAGGUCUAAAAUCGCCAAUUGAAAAAUAUACCGCAACAGUAUUCCUUGGCUUAACGGAAUUCGUAUCAAGUGUUGUUUGUGCAUUUAUUAUUCACAUACUUGGUAAAAGAAAAUUAACCUUCUUCUCAGUUGGUGGAACAUUCUUUUGUUAUCUUCUUUUAGCAAUCUAUGGUUAUUUAAUUAGAAACAAUCAUAUUGAUACAUCCCAUUACGCAUGGCUUCCAACGACAUUAUUGAUAGGUUCGGCCUUCUUCUCGCACGUGGGUAUUAGAUUGAUACCUUGGGUUUUAUCAGGCGAAGUCUUCUCAUCACAGGUCCGCGGUACGGCGACCGGAAUUGCAGGUUCAUUAUACUACAUUUUUGGUGCUAUUGCAAAUCUAGUUUUUGAGCCCAUGACGACAUGGAUCACUCUACCUGGAACAUUCGUAUUCAAUACAUGUAUUAAUUUGGUUGGUGUGAUUACUUUGUAUUUUAUUAUGCCAGAGACAGAAGGAAGAACACUCAAAGAGAUUGAGGAGCACUAUUUGGGAAUUCAAAAAUUGAAACACAGACCAACGAAAGAGAAAAUAGCGUCUAAAGAAAAGUGGGCUGCUACUAAUCCGCAACCUAUAAAUGAUGAUCUUGAGAGUAAAAUUUGAGAGAAAAGUGGAGAAAGCAGAAAUAAAGAAGAAGAAAUCUAACUCCGAAGAAAAUACUGCCUUGAUCUCUAAAGUCUGAUUCUUUUUCAACACAGAUCAUUGAAUAUUUGAAAGAAAGGAAUAUUCAAAAGAAAACAAAUCCAAAGCAUGACAGUGGAAAAAUUUUUUCGAGAAAGUUUCAAGAUACAUAAUACAAAAUGUGUGCUGAAUGAAAGUUUUGUAAACUGUACAUAUAGUAAUUUACAUAAUUGACACUUGAACUCUUGGACAAAUAUUAUGAAUAUAAAUAGAAUUAUAGAUUUUUAAAUAAUAUUCUCAUUUUUGACGUCGGUUUCUUUCUCUGCAUUGAAACCUAACUAAUCGCAACAAUACUUCAUUUUUAACAAUGAAUAAUUAUUAUAAAAUUCUCAUUAAUUUUUUUUAUCUCAAAUUUACAAUAAAUAUUUUCUAAAGCUAGAAAGAUUUUAUUUAAAACAAAUAUAAUUUAUUCGAGUUAAAUAAAAGUAUAUUUGCCUCAGAAUCUACUAAAUAAUUUGUUUUAUAUAACAAAAUCUAUUCGACACUAAUAAGAUUUUUAU